AUGGAGAAGGACUCUUGGGAAGGCGGCGUUCGUCGCCGUCUCCCUGCCUAUGAUUCAGGUGCAGAAUCAGGGCACUCUCCCGCUGGCUAUAUGCACCAGCCCGGUAAGCCUAUCGGUUUUUUGGCGGCCCAAAGAACACCAUAUGCCAAGAAAAUUUUCUCAUCCAAGUUGAUGAUCCUAACGUUUGUAUUGCUGCCGAUUUUCGCUAUCGUUAACUUGGCGUUAAUCUGUGUUCCCAUUCUAUGGGGUGUGGCUAACCAUACGAUCGCUGUCUCGGUCAUGCAUAUUUAUGAAUCGAAUAUUACACGUCCUACCGACGAUCACUUUUACCUGACCAUGCUAGGUCAAGUGAAGAAGGCGGGUGUGUUCCCUGCUCACUUAUACUUUCGUGAACCGGUCGAAGUGAUGUGGAUGACACCCCCUGAUGAGAACGGGAAUGGUAUGGAGGAGAAGAUCCUUGGCCAUUUCCCACUAGACCGUAUCGGUAUUGCGGCUGGUCACGGUCGUAUCAACCAGUACACCCGCUUCAACAUUUCUGAUCUUCCUGCAUUCACCAAGUUUACUGAGUUCAUGAUUACACAGCCAGAGUUCACUUGGCGACUGCGAUGCCACAGUGUGCACAUUGAGGCGUUUGGCUUCUUGCCUACCUUUAAAAAUCUAAAGAUGGUCAAGGAUGUCGUCUUCAAGGGUAUGAACAAUAUGCAGGAUGUCAAGAUCUUAGAUUUCAAGUUGCCUGGUGCCGAUCCUGCGGGCGGUAUCACGUACCAGGCGUUUACGGGUAUGAACAAUCCCUCGCCUUUUGGUAUCCAGCUGGGUGAUUUGAGUCUUGACCUGUACUAUGAAGAUGUAUACCUGGGUCCUGGUACAUCGUAUGGUGUCAACAUGACAUCUGGCGAGAACUAUGUUACUCUGAGCGGUCAUCUGGUGCCGCAUACCAACAACACAGACGAGCUGAACAAGCUCGGUGUGCUGAUGACUCGGUACAUUAACGGUGAAGCGACGCCGACUAUCGCUAAAGGUCGUGAGGUCAAGAUGAUCGGUCAAGACACGCCGUCUUGGCUGUCGGCUGGUAUCAAGGCACUUACGAUCCAGGUGCCGUUCCAGUCGCCCAUUCCCAUCAACCCUAUUAAGAGUAUCAUUAUCAAGCAGUUCAACCUAACAUACCCACCAGGUGGCGAUCCCUACUCGCCGACUGCCUCGUCGGACAGUCUCAGUGCCGAGAUGGGUCUGCCAUUUGGUUUCCCACUGACAGUGAUUUCUACCAAGAACGAAAUUACCAUUGUCAACGAGGCAGACAUGAAGCCGGUGGCAACAGUGAAUGGUGUUAUGUCGAAUGCUGAGACAGAGCUGAAUAUUGUGUCGGCUGGUCAAAUGGAGGCGACGCUCUACUUGACGCUGCGUCCCAGUCCUAUGACACUACCGUACCAAUCGGAUGACGCGCGUCGUGAGUUUGAGAUGUUCCAGAAGGAGUUUACGUUCUCAAAGCAAGUGCCGAAGCUCUUUAAUGGUACGUCGAGUGCGCUUACAGAUACGCCUGUGGGUCGUAUUCUGCUGGACGGUAUUCGCUUCACUGUGGAGAGUGGUCUACUGGGUCUGCAAGGGCUAACGCAGUACCCGACCUUGAUUCUCGGCGUGGAUGUGAUGGGUGGUACGCAGGAAGCGCUAACUUUGAAUGUCAACACUUCGAUUUACAACCCGUCGAACGUAAACCUGGAUGUCGGCAAUGUGACGCUGCUCAUGGUUAACCAUGACGUGGUAGGUGAUGCACUCAUUCCGAAUAUGAAGCUGGCCAUCGGUAACAACACGCUUUCGACAAUUUCCCACUUCAACCCCAAGGCGAGUCCAUACGGUUACGAAACAAUCAACCGAUAUGUGUCUGGUUUGGAUACGCCUUUGAACAUUAGUGGCUUCGAAGGGUCGACACCUAUUGACUCGCUGGUACCUGCGUUCUCGGCUGUGCGUGUGAAUACUACACUGCCUGGUCUGCAGACGCAGCUUGUGCAGUCUGCAUCGCUCGAAGUCCUGCCUACUACUGGUAUUAAGGACGAUGUGGCCCAUGCCGUUGUUGGGCUGAGCAACCCCUUCACAGCUGACAUCCGCAUCUCGCACAUUGUCACAAAUGUUACAGCCUUUGGUCUCUAUGUGGCGUCCGUCGAUACUGAUCUGGACUUUUUAUCCAAGGGCAAGGCUGUAUCUCAGUCGCCUGCCGUGGAUCUGCACAUGAACCUCUAUCCACCGGACAUGUUUGCGCUGGUGCGUGCGUAUGCCGCGCAAGCUGGUCUGAAUCUCGCGCCACUGGAUGGCAUUGUGCAAGAAGUCGGUGGAUACACGUACUCGCCGACCAUUGGCCAAACUGCUAAGAUUACUCGCCGAUCGUUUCUGGAGGAGCCGAUGGUGGAGACGCACAUGCUGGAGCGUCGCAAGACAAACAAGUAUACUGGCUUCAAUAUUGCUGACUUUGUCGAUAAGGCAUUUGCAAAUGCCACGUCAGAUUUGAGCAUUAUGUCUACGACGCACAUUGGCGACUACACAUCAGACAUGACGUUUGUGCAAACGAAUGUGCCACUUAAAGUUGACCAAACAUUGCAUCUUCUCUUGCCAGUGCUAGCCAAGCCUAUUGUGCAGAAGAUUGUCGAUGGCUCCAUUCUAGAGGUGUCACGCGUUACGAUUAUCAACCCGCAACCUAUGUCGUUCACGACGCAGCUACAGGGUGCGAUCCGUAACUCAGGUCCGUUUGACGCUGUAAUCAAGUUCCCGAACGGUUUGCAGCUUACGUGGAACAACAAGGUGCUCGGUCAAAUCAGCAUGCCUGAUAUUCCUGUGGUGGCCGAGGAGGGUGCCACACUUAAUGUCCAGGCUGACUUUGCCGUGAAGGAUGUAGAUGCCUUGACCGAGUUUACCAAGUUCAUGGUGCUACAACCCAGCUUUGUGUGGAAUAUUGCUGGCGAGAACUUGACUGUGUCUGCGCUUGGUAUUGAUACUGGCGGCAUUUCCAUCUCGAAGACGGUCAUCCUCACAGGUAUGAACCAGCUGAAGAACGAUGUGACUGUCUUGGACUAUGAUCUGCCAUAUAAUGACCCGGCCGGAGGUAUUCACCUUACAGCACAAUCUAAGAUUGUGAACCCUGCGCAGGUGGGUGUGCAACUGUCUCGUUUCGGUGUAUCGGUAUGGCGCAACGGCACCAACCUGGGUCCCAGUGCGGCUGCACAGCCUUUCACGAUGAAUGCGUUGGCAGAGACGAACCUGCCUCUGGCUGGUCGUCUGCAGUACCAAGCCGGUGGCCAUGGCCUUGAUGUGCUCUCGCAAACAUUCACGGAUGUCACACAUGGCCUCGAGAUUCCUGUGGAGAUUCAUGGCGAGUACGCUGGUCCACCUGAUGUCAAGUGGCUCAACGAGGGUAUCAAGGUGCUGAAUAUCAAGACCAAGCUGCCGGCAAAGCACUUUAAUGUCAUCAAGUCGAUUGACAUUAGUCAGAUGACACUCAUGUUUGACAAGCAACAUGAAUGGGCACCAUUGUCUAGCUCCAACAACACUCAAGCACCCUUCUACCUUCCGUUCGCUUUCCCUCUGGAUAUUCGCGAGGCUGGUGGUCUGUUUAAGGAGCGAUUCCAGAACAAGGAUGUGGCUUCGCUCAACGUGCCCUAUUCGCACGCUGUGACGGACGUACAAGCACGUAUUAUGACGCUGGAGUUCUCUAACGUGCGUAUGCAAGCUUAUGGAGGAGCCCAUAAUGGCUUCUCCAACUUCUUGGCGACAACGACACGUGACGCUUGUGUCAAGUUUGGCUUGCAUGGCUCGGCCAAUGCGAAGGCCAACACGGCCGCGGGCUAUGUGACGAUUUCUGACAUUCCCUUCGACGUGCAGACAUCGCUGCUAGGUCUACAGAACCUGAAUGCGCGACCUGCCACUGUGUCGGACUUGGAUGUGUUCCAUGGCUACAAGAACUACUUGCUCAUCAAGGUCAAUGCACACAUGUGGAAUCCGUCGCACUUGACGGUCGGCACUGGCGAUGUAUCGUUUGGCCUCAACUUCCGUGAUCACUCUAUUGGCUCGGCGAACAUCAAGGGCCUGGUGAUUCACCCUGGUGAGAACGUAGUACCGACGGAUGUGCACUAUUCGCCGCAGGGCAGCGAGAACAAGGCGACAGGCCAAGUCAUGCUGGAGAACUAUGUGCAGGGCAUUCCCUCGACGACGAUUAUCCAGGGCUCGCGCAGCACGACCGACAUUGCGUCGCUGAAGGAGGCUCUUGCUGGUAUUAGUCUCUCGACCGUCAUUCCGCCGCUGCACCAGUUGCUGAUUAUUGAGGCGCGCUUGGUCAUUCCCAAGAACAUUGCGCAGACCUCUACGGCGGAAGCUUCGUUCCAGCUGCGCAAUCCGUUCACAGCAUCGAUCAACCUGGUCAAGCUGAAUGCCGAUGCAUCGUACGAAGGCAUUUUCCUCGGUAACAUUAAUCAGGACCUCGGCAAGAACCCUAUUUCGGCGCCUGGCCACACGACUAUUACCUCGCGUACACUGCCGAUCAAGAUGGAUCUGCGUCCCAAACAUCUCAUCAACUUUAUUGAGGCAGCGGCGGCGGCGACUGGCACGGACUUGGGCCCUCUUAAGCCGCAAUUCGAUAAAGUCAUGGCCAUGUCGAACACCGACACAACGGUAAAGCCAUACCCUGACGACAAUCCGCCGUCCUGUCACUCGGGUCACCAAUUCGAUGUGUUUGGCGCUGUGUUUAGCUUGCUCCGUGGCCUCAAGGUCAAGCUGCAGGCAAAGACUACGACGAAGCUGGAUGACUACGAGACAGGUCUGAACAUUGUGCAGGAGCCUGUACCGGCAGACACAGAUCGAACGGCACUGUACCUGAUUGGUCCUGUGGGUGCGCCUAUUGUGCAGAACAUUGUGGAUGACGCGACACUGGCCUUCCAAACGGUCAAUGUGACCAAUGUACGUGACGAUGGCUUCGAUUUGCACAUGCAGGGUCAUCUACUGAACGCUGGUCCAUUUGAUGCACAGAUUGAGUUCCCUGAAGGUGUUAUUGUCACCUGGGAAGGCAAACAGAUUGCGAAGAUCGACCUGCCGCCAGUGUGCUCAUUCGCUGAUGUUGGUGUGCCGAACUACAUUACACCUGGUAAGCUGAAGAUCACCGAUCAGAAGGGCUUUACGGAGUAUACCAAGGCAAUCUUGCACGAAAAGAGCUUCAAAUGGACUAUUCACACAGAUAAGCUACGUGUGCGCUCCUUGAACAUUAUCUUUGACAAUGUGAAGAUUUCUAAAGAUCUGUACUUUGAUGCAUUCAAUGGUUUGCCGGGUGUAAGCAUUACGUCGUUCGACAUUCCUGGCGAGACUUCAAACUCCCUCAAGAUUGUAUCAGGCUCGGAUAUCCCGAGUCCGGCCAGUCUGGGUAUGAAUCUGGAAACGGCCAAUUUCAAGAUUUACUACAAGAACUUGUACAUUGGUCCGGCCGGUGCGACUAACCUGUUCAUGGCUGCGCAUAGCGUGACGCAUACGAUGCUUCACGGCUUUAUUACGGAAAAGAAAGGCGAUCAUGCGACCAACAUUACUGGUGACAUGUUCUCGCGAUACUUGCAAGGCCUGAACACGACCCUUCAGAUUCGGGGUGACAAUGUUAUCACGAAAGAAAACGGCAAUAAGCCAGUGAAGUGGUUGUCUGAUGCGUUCAAGACCCUGACGCUGAAUGUCAUCUUGCCAGGUCGCAUUUUCCAGAUCGUGUACUCGAUCACGAUUGUGGAUCUGUUUGUGACAAUGAUGAAGCCGGAAGAUACGUGGGCACCUCCGAUCAGUUCGAACCAGACUGUGGCUACAUUUGCGAAUCCGUUCCGUUUCAGUUUGAAACCACUUAAGACAGCCAUGGACGUAUACAUGAACUACAAAGGCGCAGACGCAGCGCGUCUUCAGGUGCCCAUGAUCAAGGAUAGUGCCGGCACAUCACAUGGCCCUACGGACAAGCAGCCACUCACUGUGUCGUUUUACAACUACCGUCUCACCGCAGUAAACCGCGAUUCCUUUACCUCGCUGUUUGGUGACCUGGUAAACAUGAAGCGUGUCAGUUUUGGCUUGCAUGGUGCCGCAAGCCUGGUGGGUCAAAUGGUGAUCGGUAAUAUUCCCAUUCAAGGUAUUCCUUUCAAUGUGACGACGAGUCAGGCCGGCUUCAACAACUUCGGCGGCUCGGCCAAGGUGGAGCGUGUUGAUGCCAAAUCGGCUACGAAGGAUUAUGCGGACAACUCGAUCAUCUUGAACAUGAAUAACCCAAGCAACAUUACAAUCCACACCUAUGGUAUGGCGCUCCCUUCCUUUUACAAGGAUGUGUACACUGGACGUGCUCUGCUGGGGGAGCAAACUCUGAUCCCUGGUCAGAACCAUCUUCAAGCUGUUUUCCGGUACCAGCCGAAUAAUCCGAACGAUACUGUGGCACAACAGCUGAUUCAGCAAUAUGUGCAGCCCGUGCCAUACCAAGGCACCAAAACAGAGCCGAUAAAUACGCCCGUGGUGAUCAAGGGUAUUCCGAAUGCCAAACCACCAAUGUCGCCAUUUGCUCCUUUGAUUCCUGGCUUGGAAAAGCUCGUGGUCAACAGUGUGCUACCAGGUCUUGGUGUACGUGAGCUUGUCCGAAUCGACAACUUUAUCGAUCUCCUCACGUCGUUCUCCGGUCCUGGUGGCCGUCCUUUCAUCACGAUUCAGCUGACCUUUAAAAACGAUAUGCCCAUUGACUUGGAGGUUCUUGAUGUCCUCGAUGAAGCGCGACAAACCCCUAGCACCGAGAGUUCCCCAGUUAUGGCCGCUUUCCACGAGCAAAAUAUAAAAGGAUGUCUUGUCCCUGCCGCGCGUGCCACGAAAGUGGAUCCUGGUAUAAAACUGUGUAACAAGAUCCACAAUGUGUUGCUUGUACAAGGCCUAAUUGGCUCACUUGGCCUUAUUGGCCAUAAUGUGGACGUGUACAACCAGUUAAUUGCUCGUCUAGGUGGUUCUAAUGGUUAUGUCCUACCAGGUCUCAAACUGAAUGAAUUUGAUGUCGAUACAACAUACGCACUAUCACUGGGUGAUAUCGUUUUGGUCAAUGUGACUCAAGUCUCAGACCUAAUUGACGGUAUUACUAAGGGUAUGGGCAAGAUGUCGAACCAAGACAAAGCCCGCUUUGCACAAGGUAUGAAGUCUAUUGGUGCUGGCGGUGUAGGCCAACUGGUCGACAAUGGCUUCAAGGACAUGAUUUGUGGUGUCGAACAAUUCAUACCCAUUGAUUUCCUGAACAUUGCUGGCUGUAAGAGCAAUGCUACGUCGAGUGCUGCUGCCUCGUCCGGCGCCGCUUCCAGCUCGGGUUCGACACAGUUGAAGCAAACUAGCUCUGCUGCGUCGAGUAAGCCGCAAGCUGCGCCCACCGGAGGUCAGGCGUCGCAAAAGCCAUCAUCUGCAGCAGUGCCCCAACAGUCUAAACCACAGGCUCAAAACCAAGGUGGCAAUGCUAAGUCGGACGGUGGUAACAAUGGGAAGCAGAGUGCUGCGCAAGCAUCUAAGCCUAGUAGCAGCCAAGGCGGCGGUUUCUUGGGCGGCAUCUUCAGCACAUAA